AUGGCGGGAGGAUUGACAUUCAAGAUGGCGGACCAAGUCAAGUCUGUUCGCGAAGUUACCGUCUUUUCUGACAAUCCUCGGCCAAGAACCCUUGAUUUUACCAUCGGUGCUUCAGCUCCCACCACAAUACGAGACGAAGAGACUCUAAAAUUUAACAUUGGUGGAGGUUAUGGGUAUAAAGAUAGUUCUAGAGCGUAUUCUUCGACAAGUAACCGUUUUAUAUACUGGAAAAUCAAUGAAAAUAUACUGGAACUUUUGGAGGAAUCCCUUGAUGUAAACCUCUUUGGAAAUAACUUGAAGAUAAGAUUCACUGAUGGAAUGCUUCUACCUGGACUUUCCAUCUUCGAGACACCAACUAAUGUCUGUGUUCUGGUAGCCACCACCAACAGUGUGCACAGAAUUGCUUUUCCUCACCCUCAUAAAUCACACAGUCAUGCAUUUGGACUCUCUUCUUCAUCUGAUCAAAACCUGUCUUCAAUAUUCAACACAAGCUCUGUGACUGAGCUAAGAGAACCAUGGAACUUUGCGACAUUUUCAUCAAAUUGUAUCUCAUCUUCUGCUUGGCUUUGUCAAGAUGGUCACACCCUUUUUGCUUUAGCCACCUCUAUUGGCAGUAUCCUAUUGGUCAAGUUACCACCUGUAGGAGUUCAUGAGGAGGCAGAGCAAUUUGAACUCCAGCAGUCUAGUAUGAUACAAAGACUUUGGUCUGGUCUUGUUCCUUCAAGCUUGAGAGGAGAUUCCCCAUUUCCUGAUGGGGUAGUAGAUCUUCAAAUCCAGCCAUUAGGAAAACAGAUGUGUAUUUUUACUCUUUGUCGUGACCAUAAACUGAGAAUAUGGUCAUGUCAGAAGCAAGAAUGUAUCUCUGUCAAGGAUCUCCUUGAAGAUAUACCAGAUGAUAUUGAUGGCCAGACAGUAACUGCUCACAACCACAUGCUAAGAAUGACUGUAGAUCCCACAACUGGAAGAAUUUAUGUUGGAGCUUUCCUUUCAUUUCAAUAUCAAAAUCAGUUUUGUGUGUAUGAAGCUGUAGCUGAUGAUCAAAGUGUUUCUUUGUCACCUGUAUCCAACCUGUACUCGGCAGUGGGUCGAUUGGUUGACUUUACACUUUCUUCAGCUGAAAUCUGGACCCAGUGGAUUAGCAAUGAUGGAGAAUCAGUCACCUACUUUACUAGCAUUGAAAAUGGACAACAAAACGACUCUGGAUGGCAUAAAGUACUUGGCCAAUCAAGUAUCAGUCUUUCUAUUCUAGUACCUCCUCACAUGGAACCAAGGGAAGUAUAUCUUGAGGAGUUAUUUUAUCCUGGAAGGUUUUCCAAUCAAGUCAUCAUAAAAGCUCUUCAGAUAUAUCAGCAUGGUUCGAAUCUGGGCCACAAUAUGUCAGCAUUACUCAGCGACAGAAAUGAAUUAAAGAAAAGGGUCAUCAACUUGAUUGAUACAGAGAUCCAGCUGUCUGCUCCAAGCAAUGAAUUAAUGUACAGUGAAUAUUAUGACUUACAACUCAGUUGCUGGGAGAAGUUCUACAGUUGUGUUGUUCAGUAUCAUGAGGUUGGUCAUCAACCACUUGGACUCUUUAUUGACACAAAGACUGGAAUAGUUGGACUGGUCAGAAAGGAAAUGCUUUCAAUACUCAGACCUUGUGAUGGGGUAGAAAASUUGUAUUCACAGACGAUGGAUCAAGAAAACUUUACUGCCAUGCCAUUUUUGAUUACAGAUAAAUCAAUGAGGAAAGAUCUAACGACUGUGUGCAACGCUCUGAGACUUGUCUCACAACAGUUGACUCAGGAGAACAAAGCUGCCAUCCAAAAUGACCUGACAUACCAGUGUGAUCCUAGCCUUACAGCAAAACAAAUAUCAGAGAGCUUGAUAACAAAUCCAGUUGAUGAUACUGAGAAUUCAGCUCAACAUACAUUUCAUUCUGAGUUCACACAAGAGAUAGAAACAAGCCUUCAGAAAGUGUCCAACCUAUGUGAAUGUUUUAAAGUAGUACUAAGAUCUCUAGAUCUGUCUGGAAUCCCUUUAGAUGAUAAUGAAGAUCCUGGAUGGAUGGGCGACAAGAUUGGAAGCUGCCCCAAAUUGGGUAGUCAGCUGAUGCGACAGCUUCUUGCACAUUGUUUUCAACAGACAAUGGAAACUCGCUUGUCUUUGUGCAGAGAUUUCCUUGUUCUACUUGGUGUUAUAGAACGACUUAGCUCAAAGACUGGUUUAAAUCCUCACUUUUCUCAAGAUAUCUCAUCUCUUUACAUCCCUCAAACUGUGUUGUUGCUGAGAGUGUAUCACUGUUUACACUGGUCUACCAAACUACUGGUCAUGCCUGCACCAUCAAAUGCUGUGGAAUCAAAUCUGAAGCAACUUGCGGCACUUGAAAUAUCUGAUGGACUUCAGGCAAAGCAAGUAGAAGAUCAUCCCAACACAACUGUCCUGCAACUGUUCCUCAGUACCACAGGUGGAGCACAGCUAUCACAGCUCAUGUCAAAACUUCAACAAACUAACAAAAGUGUUGGCGGUUAUAAGAAAGUCAAUCCACUUGGUGUUAUGAUCAACCAAGCUGUUUAUACACUUACUGGGUUACUCUGGCCUUCAGAAGCUGCCACCAUUUUUCCUGAAUUUCUCCUGACCAAUUACCAGUACAUGCAUCUCCAGGACUACUGUCAGUUACUAGAUAGCUGGUGUGAUGACAGACAGUCGUACAGGCUGUUCUUGUGUGGUCAGUCCUAUCUUGUUCUUGGUGAGAACUUCAAGGCAUUGGACUGUUUUCUGCAUGCCGCUGAAGGAGCAAGCAUGGAUGACAGGCUUAUAGGAAAAGUUUUACAAGCAGAUGUACUGGAUGAAACUAGUUUGAAAGUUUUAUUUUAUGUUAAGGUCAUGCGUCUCUUUGAGCAGUUUGAUGCUCCAGAUUUGGUCAUUUUUAUUGCCAACACUGCCAUCAGCAUUGCAAGUCCAGAUGACCCAAACAUUCCAAACCUGUGGUCCAAUAUUUUCAAGCAUCAUUUACAUCUGGGUCAUAAUGACGAGGCAUAUGCUGCCCUGACCAGUAAUCCUGAUCCAUCAAGGAAACGCGAUUGCCUUCAUCGAUUUAUGGUCGUUUUAUGUGAGAGAGGUCAGCUUCAGGAACUGUGUGAAUAUCCUUAUGUAAACCUUCAUGAUGAGUUCGUUGACAUAAUGGAAUCCCAUGCUCGUACAGUUGACAUAGCAACACACCAAUACUAUGAUCUACUCUAUGCAUUUCACGUGUUCAGAGGCAACUACAGAAAAGCGGGAAGUGUCAUGUAUGAAUACGGUGGUAGACUUGGUAGGGAGUUACCAGGCAAACAAGGGUUACAAAAACAGGCCAAGUGCUACCUUGCAGCCCUUAAUGCACUUCGUCUAGUAGAUCCUAAAAAUGCAUGGAUAGUAACACCGUGGGACAGGGCACAGAAGAAGAAGAAUGACGAGCCGCCCAAUUCUUCCCCUAAACGCAAACAAGGUGACGAGGAUUCCUGGUACGGUAUUGAUAGACACAGCCGAGCACGCAGGAAGCUGACUGUCAUGGAGAUCCAUGACCUAGAGAAAGAAUACCUUCUAGUACUUGCUCGUCUACAGCUGUUGAGAGUCGAGGCUGAUCCUUCUGAGGCUACUGGACCACCCCUGACUGCACAAGAGACACUAACCCUUCUCACCCAAGCUGGACUGUUCGACACAGCCUUCACAGUCGCAUCAGGAUUUAAUCUCUCGAGAGACACAAUCUUUGAAGGUCUUGCAGCAAGAUGUGUGAGGCAAUCCUAUAAUCUAGGCAUGACAAGGUCGGGUGGUAUAGAAGACAACGAAGCUUGGGACUGGCUGUUAGAAAACGACACUGGAAAUACCCAACCAGCACGUGACAAGAGUGUGGCAGAUCAAGCCUGGAAGUUACUGCAAUGUUAUCUUGAUAAGCUGAGAGACACAGAGAAUGGUCGUUGCUACUACAGAUGUGUUGCUAGCAAGUUAUUAUCGAUAGGAGCACCUAUACCAACCUGGUUAAUCAACGAUUACAAGAGGUUAAACCCUGCUGAGCUUCUUUACCUCUACGUAACAUACGACAUGUUGCAAGAAGCAGCUGAUCUGGCAAUUGAAUAUAUCAAUGCUGUUCUUGGGGAAGGCAAAGAGUAUUUUGGGCUUAAGACUGCUCUACAUGCAACAAUGCCUAGUGUAUGGCUGCCGUACACUACCCUCGACCACUUACUUGCUGCCUUGGAAAGUGCUCCUGCUGAUUCAAACUUAGCUGAGAUAAAAGAAGAACUUCUUGAUAGACUGGACAGAUAUCAUGAGCAAGUGGAGAGAGUUUCUGAAGACAUGACAACUGCAGCUUGGAAAAGAGCUCAGCGAAGAAAUGCAGCCGAGUCACUUCCAUGGCAGUGAAAUCGAUAUUGGCUUUUGUAUAAACUUGUAUUUUUAAAUUAUAAUAUUCUGCAAAAUGGUUGACAUACAGCUGCAGCAAAACCACAAACAACGACAUAUCUUUGAGAUGAUUUGGCUUUAAUUUGGUAAACGAGGUCAAAAACUAUGAACUAUUCUCAUUUUUGUAGGAUUAUGAAUAUAAACAUUAAUGAUAGAAAUUUGUUUAAAUAAAGAAAAAACAUAAAAAGUU